AUGGUCAGAGAAACUAAACUUUAUGAUUUACUUGGUGUUUCACCAGAUGCUAAUGAAAAUGAAUUAAAGAAAGCUUAUAGAAAAACCGCAUUAAAAUAUCAUCCAGAUAAACCUACUGGUGAUACAGAAAAAUUUAAAGAAAUUUCUGAAGCUUAUGAUAUAUUAUCAGAUUCAAACAAGAGAGCUGUUUAUGAUCAAUAUGGUCUAGAUGCUGCUAGAGGUGGUGGUCCACAAUUCGAUGCUGGUGGAAUGGGUGGAGGUAAUCCAUUUGGUGGUGCUGGAGGUGGUCAUCCAUUUGGUGGAUUUUCAGCUGGUGAUGCUUCAAACAUUUUUGAACAAUUUGCAAGAGGUGGUGGUUUAGGUGAAGAUGCUGGUGGUUUUAGAUUUAGUUCUGGUGGUUCACCAUUUGGAGAUUUUGGUGGUUUCGGUGGUAUGCCUGGUGGUUUUGGUGGUUCACCAUUUGGUGGUGCUGGUGGAAUGGGUGGUGGUGCAAGAUCACAACCUGAACCUGAAGCUGUAGAAGUUAAUCUACCCGUUUCAUUAGAAGAUUUAGCUAAAGGUGCUACUAAAAAGAUGAAAUUGAAUAGAAAGGGAAGAAAUGGAACAAAAGAAGAAACUAUAAUAACUGUUAAUAUAAAACCUGGUUGGAAAGAAGGUACAAAAGUUGCAUUUAAAAAUGAAGGUGAUUGGACUCCACAUGGACGUCAAACUAUAAAAUUUGUUGUUAAAGAAAAACCACAUCCAAAUUACAAGAGAGAUGGUAAUGAUUUAAUUUAUACCCUACCAUUAACAUUUAAAGAAUCAUUAUUAGGUUUUGAUAAACUUAUAGAAAGUAUUGAUGGUAGAAGAAUACCAUUUAGUAGAAGUUCUCCAGUUCAACCAAGUUCUGAAAGUGUUUAUCCAGGUUUAGGUAUGCCAAUUUCAAAAUCUCCAGGUCAAAGAGGUGAUUUAAAAAUUAAAUUCAAGAUUGAUUAUCCAGUAACUUUAACACCUGAUCAAAAAGCUGCAAUUCAACAAGUAUUUUGA